AUGGAUGGCUUGGCAGGAUCAGGGGUUCCAAAAUUCGAUCCCAGUGACACAUCUACCGUGUCAAGUCGCUGGAAGAAAUGGAAGCGGUCGUUUGAAAUCUUUCUCGAAGUCAAUAAUGUUACUGUCGCAGCCGGAAAAAGGUCGUACUUACUGCACUACGCAGGAACUGAAGUGCAGGACAUUUACUUCAAUCUAAAAGGAGAUGCAGAUUUAGUAGUUCCAGAUGGGUCCGAUGUUUACAAAGCGGCAGUGAAGCUAUUGGAUGAUUACUUUUUACCAUUGAAAUGUUUGCCUCGCGAACGGCACAUUUUCAGAAAUUUGGAACAAGCACCAGACGAGUCUAUUGAAAAAUUUACUCUACGAUUGCAAGAGCAGGGUCAACUUUGCGAAUAUGGCGAGUGGCUAGAAGUAGCCAUCCAGGAACAGAUAUUUGAAAAAGGUUUUUCAGACGAGCUGCGGGCCAAAAUCUUGACUAAAGGCGACAUGACUCUAGCACAGACGGUGGAGUUAGGCCGUUCACUAGAAACUAUUGCGAAACACAAGAAGAAUCUUCAGAAAUGCGAGGAAGUCCGUCGAGUUUCCACCAGUGCACGCGGAGAGUGCUUUCGUUGCGGCAGAAGUGGCCACUACGCCAACGACGAAGAUUGUCCUGCCAGAGACAAGAGAUGUGAAAAGUGUCAUCUAGUGGGACAUUUCAAAAGGUGUUGUAAAACCAAACCGAAGGAACAUGCUGCGCGAAAAGGCUCACGACUGGUACAGCAGCCGAAAGGUAAAGUUAGACAAAUCAACAGUGAUGAUUCUACCUGCGACGAACUUGAGGCGGAAGGUUCUAAUGACGAUGAUGGUGAAAGCAUAAAUUAUAUCUUUGCUACUAACCCCGAUACAAACGAUACAGUAACUUGUAAAGUUGGGGGUGUGAAACUGGAUUGGCUUGUGGAUUCGGGAGCCAGCGUGAAUGUAAUAAGUGAAGCAGCAUGGGAAUAUUUAAAAUCGCAUAAAUAA